CGAAAAUUGCAGCCAUGGGACGACCAACUGGCUCGAAGAAAACACCAGGAAUGGCAUCCUUGGGCUCAAGGACGACGCGGAGCAAUGCCCAGUUCGGAGGCGACGAAGCCCCCGUGAGCCGACAUCAGAGAUUGGCUACGAAGGCCUUCACCGAUCGGUGGCGAGUCGAAAUAGACAACUACAAGCGUGGCCUGAAGACACGACCGCGAACGACAAUAGAAGACUUCUUCGGAGCUGAAGGAUGGGGAUCUUCUGAUCCGGCUCGGUUUGGCCCGUUAUGGACCGACGAUGAUGAGACGCAUCUGAUGGAGGAGUAUUCUGCGUCCUUGAUCAAGCGUUGUGUUGACAUGAUCAGUGCGACAGAUACCGAACUUCACGCGCUCUGGAAGACCUGCAUCCGACUUCUCGAGAUAGAUCCCAUCAACCUCAUGGAAGAUCUGGAAGUUGAGACCGAAGGAAAUGGAACCGUCUCACACGACGGACGAGAGCAGGCGAAUGCUAUCUGGUCCAAUGGCUUCUGCAAGAAACUGUGUCGAAUCAUCUGCCAUCCCUUCUGGCGGGGGCCUCGGCGACAUGACAUUUUGACCUUUGCCAUCCGGUAUGCCGCUAUGUGUCGGACGGAUGACCGUCGUCCGUUUGGACAUCUGAACCCGACAUCUUGUCGGGUUUUAGAGGGACUGUUUGAUGAUGAGCAGAUGUUAGAUAUGCCGCUUCAUGAGCGGCAUAUGAAGCUGCGGGAGGAGGCCUUCGCCGGCCGAGUCUUACCUUCCAUUGAAUCAGACUUGCUGGCCCAACUGGGCAGUUUGGUCCAUGUGAUGCCACAGGCCCAUCUGGAAGGCCCAGUCGUGGCCACAGUCCUUGAUCUCUCGCGCAUCACAUGCGUGUUAGACAAUUUCAUGAACGAAGGUUUGAUACUCCACUUUUCCACGGAGGUGUCCUACAAGAUGUUUUUGGCGGCACGAGGUACCCAAGACGUGCCGGUCGGCAUCGAUCAGUUGAAAACUGCGUACCGAAACUGCUGGUUGAAUCACCGCCGAGAGCGAAUUGUUUGGGAGGGGGAAGCUGCCCAGGAGAUGGAUUUAUCACGAGGGGACCCAUCCCAACAUAUCGACUCCUCAUUCCCUUAA